AGGGACAUGGCAAAAGAAAAGCCACGCCAUAUCGGACUGAUGAAGAUAGUGACGGUACCAGAGUUUAUGUUCGCACAGCAUUGGCUCCGAUGCCGAGCUCGUACGUGGAAUGCAGAGGCAUGUGAUGAGAGCCCUGCACCACGGACAAGACGUGUCCGCAACAAUGCGAGAGAGCAGGUUCAAUUCCCUGAUACUAAACACGUUAUCUUGCUGUUUGAUGCGUGUGGGCCAUGGUGGGAUCACAAGGAACCGGGCGGAAGGAUCAGGCGUCGACAUCUUCAAUCCUUGAACAAGCUUCAUGUCACAGGCGAUAGAACGGUCGAAGUACAGGACGAAAGACGCAACACCGGACAUGGCAAAAGAAAAGCCACGCCAAGACCCCAGCUUUGCAGCGCUCAAGUCCCGCUUUCCACCACGCUCCAAGCCGCAAAUUCACUUACACCUCGCGCGCCUUCCCUACCAACACCAACAUCACCAAAAAUGGCAAAAAUAUGUUGCAAACACAUGCAAAAGAACAGGGUCUUGCCCGGACUCGAACCGGGGACCUCUCGCAACUGA